GUCAGAUUGAGAGAGUGAGGCCAGCAGAUAAUGAGACAACAAUUGAAACUUGUGACAUGUUCAAACACCCCUCUGAGGAAGACCGCCCCAUAAGAACAGUGCUGACCAAGGGAAUCACAGGAAUUGGAAAAACAUUUCUUGUGCACAAGUUUGUGUUGGACUGGGCUGAAGGAAGAACCAAUCAAGAUGUGCAUCUCAUUUUCCCCUUCACCUUCCGCCAGCUGAAUUCAUGGGAGGGAAAGGAGGUAUGUUUGGCAGAGCUCAUUCAUGAAUGUAUCUGGGAGACCAAAGACAUCAAGGAAGAAGCUCUUAAUCACAUCUUUACAGAGCUGCAGUCAACAGGAAACACCAACUUUGACAGGAGUGAAUUCAAACUUCUGUUUGUUUUGGACGGACUGGAUGAGAGCUGCUUUGAUCUGGACUGCUCCACCAAUGAAAUCCAUGCAGGUAAAUUGGAUGUGACAGCGCCGACCUCAGUGGACAAGCUGCUGACAAACCUCAUCAAGAAGAAACUGUUUCCCUCUGCUCGUCUCUGGAUAACCACACGACCUGCAACAGCCAAUCAGAUCCAUUCUGACUUCGUAGACAUCACAACAGAGGUCAGAGGGUUCUCCGACCCACAGAAGGAGGAGUACUUCAAGAAGAGAUUCACAGAUGAGGAGAAGGCCAGCAGAAUCAUCUCCCACAUCAAGACAUCACGAAGCCUCCACAUCAUGUGCCACAUCCCAGUCUUCUGCUGGAUUACUGCUAAAGUUCUAGAUAAAGUAAUAAAAACCAGAGAGGGAAGGGAGCUGCCCAAGACCCUGACUGAGAUGUACGCAGAAUUCCUGCUGCUUCAGAUUCAUCAGACAAAAGAGACUAAUGACCCAGAAAAGUGCAUUCAGUACAUUAAGUCAUUAGCAAAACUGGCUUACCAUCAGUUGGAAAAGGGCAACCUGAUCUUCUAUGAGAAAGAUCUAGAAGAGAGUGGCAUUGAUGUCAGUGGAGCUUCAAAGUGCUCAGGGGUGUUCACGGAGAUCUUCAAAAAGGAAAGUUGGGGAAAGAAUGACAAAGAAAAGAUGUUUAGUUUCAUCCAUCUGAGUGUUCAAGAGUUUCUGGCUGCUCUUCAUGUAGAGAGGGCAGUAAUUAAAAAAAACAAGAAUGUGAUGUUUGGGCAAAGUUUGCGUGAAAAAGGGCGAAUGGUUUUCAGCAACAAAUCUAUGAUGUCUAAGGUCCACAUGUUUGCUAUUGACAAGGCCUUACAGAGUCCAAACGGCCACCUGGACUUGUUCCUUCACUUCCUACUGGGUCUUUCACUGGAGACCAAUCAGAAUCGCCUUCAAGACCUGCUGGCUCAGACAGGAAGUAGCUCAGAAACCAAUCAGGAAACAGUUGAGUACAUCAAGAAAAAAAUCAGUGAGAGUCAGUCUGCAGAGAGGAGCAUCAAUCUGUUGCACUGUCUGAAUGAACUGAAUGAUCGUUCUCUAGUGGAGGAAAUCCAGCAGUACCUGAGUUCAGGAAGUCUCUCCACAGAUAAACUGUCUCCAGCUGACUGGUCAGCUCUGGUCUUCAUCUUACUGUCAUCAGAAAACGAUCUGGACAUUUUUGACCUGAAGAAAUACGGUGCGUCAGAGGAGGCUCUUGUGAGGCUGCUGCCAGUGGUCAAAGCCUCCAAAAAAGCUCUGCUGAGUGGCUGUAACCUGUCAGAGAGAAGCUGUGAAGCUCUGUCCUCAGUUCUCAGCUCAGAGUCCUGUAGUCUGAGAGAGCUGGACCUGAGUAACAACAAACUAAUGGAUACAGGAGGGAAGCUGCUUUCUACUGGAGUGACGAGUCCACACUGUAAACUGGAGACUCUCAGUUUGUCAGGCUGUCUGAUCACAGAGGAAGGCUGUACUUCUCUGGCCUCAGCUCUGAGCUCCAACCCCUCCCAUCUGAGAGUGCUGGACCUGAGCUACAAUCAUCCAGGAGAGUUGUGAGUGAAGCUGCUUUCAGCUAGACGGGAUGAUCCACACUGCAGACUGGACACUCUACGGCUGGAUCAUGGUGGAGAGCAGUGGCUGAAACCUGAUCUGAGGAAGUAUUCCUGUCAACUCACACUGGACCC